GGCUAUGGAGCUGCAUGGGUACAUGCCCGGGUACUGGUAUCACCAGGCCCGUUGGAAACCCAUGUCCGGGAAAGGGCCCUGGAUUACCAUCAUACUCAACUACGACGGUGGAGAUGAACUGUUACUGAAGAUCAACGUAGAGGGAGCAAAAGAGGGGGAGAUGCGAACUAACCCGAAGCUGCAGGACGCAAUUUCGGAGGCGAGAGAUCGAGCGGAGAGACGCUGUAGACGGGACGGAGUGACGGCAAGGCUACUGAUAACGGUGGCUUACCACGAAACUGAGACCUCGAUGGACACAGCGGACCUGGAACAGGUCCACCAGGACAGAGACUCAGGAGGGGAAAGUGAGAUGAGUGACGCAGAUCGAGAGACGGAUCUCAAGUCAUGGAACAGACCAGUAGAGAUCCAAAGGCAUCACCGGGCCGUAAAGUCGGUGGAGGAGGGACCCGAGGCUAGCUCGAGACACCCGAUGCCCAGAGGCCGUGGGACGGGUGAGAAGCAGAGCACGGGGAAAAGACAGGCCGGAGAAGACGCGAGCGAUGUGCAGGGAGAGCGAACAGAGGUCAACGCGGGUACGCAGAAGUUAAUGAUGUCAACCUCGAGGAAGAAAAAGGGGCUUUUACACGUGUACAGCGGGCGACAGUGAGAGGAUCGUGAGGGAGAGACAACUCCAAGGGACGCCUGUUCCAAAUCAAAAUAAAAGAUUCCU